AUGGAACUUGAAGAAUUAAUUAUUCGCUUACCAGGAAAUGAUUAUCUUACUGCGGAUGAUUAUAUUCAUAUUGACGAUGAGAUUGAAGACGGGCUUAUUGAUAAAGAAAUAUUAGAGAUAAUAGAAAAUGAAAAGGAUGAGCCUGUUGAUGAAAUA